GCAGGCACGCUGACGUUGACUCCGCCCCGGUGCGAAAAUCCCGCCAAACACAAAUGUACAGGAGACCAGGAAGGAGCGACAGCAACAGGAAACAGGCUGUGGACGAAAACAAAGAAACAUGUCAUCAAUUUCAGAGUCAAAGUGGAAAAAAGCACUGACCUUCAUCAUUGAGGAUUUGGAUAAGCCACAGCUCAAAAAGAUGCUGGGAUUUCUGGAUAUCCCCAAACAGAAGAAGACUACCAAGUCCAGAGAAACCAUUCCUCAGACAAUCAUCGAGUUCUACGGAGUGGAAAAGUCUAUCCAGAAAAUCGAUGAAGCAAUGCUCUGGAUACCAAGGAAGGAUGGAGCAGUCCAGGAUCAGCUGCGCCCCUUUGUUGAAAAACUGAAGAACAAAGAAAACGAAGGAAACAAAAGAAACAAGAGGAAACGCAGUGAAACUGAAUCAGAGUCAGCAGAGAAAACGCCUGAAGCUGGCUUUAAGAAGAACAACAUUGUGAAUGAUUCAAGUUCAGAUGAAGAGCGAGAGGCUGAAACUGAUGGACUGAAGAGCCCUCAGCCUGACAAGGAGAUAAAAAUCCCUUCAUGGAGGAAAUCCAUCCAUGAUGUAAAAAUCAGCGGUGACCUUGGAAACAAAGUCAUAGCUGGCAAAGUUGUGCAGAAAUCUGGUCUGCGUACAUAUGAAACCAGAAAAAGGGAGAAGAAGUUUUUCUUUUACCUGGGAGUGGCUGAUGAAACAGGCUGCAUUAAAGUGAUGGUGUAUGGAAGAGAGCGCUAUCAGCGUUUCCAGGAGAAGAGCUGCUACCUGUUCAGAGAGGUCAUCAUGGAGGAAAAUGUCAUCAAGGGUGAAUCAAUCAUGAAAGUGACCAAAAAGAGCGUCAUUUCAAAGACGGCACCUAUUGAUGUUCCUGAGAAUGUGGAGAUGGAAGCUCAGAUGCUCGUUUAUUCCCAGACUCCAGUUUGCUCCAUCGGACAGGCCAUCGGAUCAGAGGAGAAGACAUCAGUGAGUGUUGAAGGAAAAGUAACAGAGAUCGGCUCUGUUGAAACCGUCAAACUGAAGAACAAACGGAGAAAGAAAGACAAGCGAGAGUUCCAACUUGAAGAUGGCACAGGCUCCAUCUGGAUCACUUUGUGGGGUGAAGACAUGAAACAGCUCAGAGGAACAUCACCUGGAGACUCUGUCAGGGUGGUCAAUGUAAAGACAAGUCACUACUAUGAUUCAGUAUCGCUGAACUCAACAGAUUUCACCAGAAUUUUCAAGGUUCAAAGUGCCGCAGUCGAGAACGUCACAAUCCAGAUCAUUGGGAUCAAAGACGCCAAGAAGACUGAAACAGAGGUGGAUGCACUGAUCAGCAGCGGAGAGGUGCAGUCCUUUGUGGUGACUUCAUCCCUGCUGGCAAAAGCGUUUGGUGUCAGACUGGAGGGCGACUUUGAGGACAGACUGCUGGAGAAAAUGCCGUUCUCAGCAGAUGUAGAAAUAAAGGGAAACAAGAUCAUGAAGAUUAAAUACGCUUAAGAGCAAUAAAGAUGAGCUCCACUGUUCAGGCUGGGCUGCAGCUGCAGAGAAUCUGAACUGGAUUCAUGACAUUUGAAAAAUUUGAGUAGAUUUUGACAGUUUCAAUAAAAAAUGUAAAUCUCUCUUGAAUCAGUUUUAUAUUCCUAAUCAUUAAUGUGUGCUGUUUCUUCUUUCCUAACUGGUUAUUCUUGAUUUCUCUUGUCAUCUUUUUUCCUGUGUGUAAGAACUGUACGUUUAUAUUCAUGUUGUCAGUGCUGUAAAGCAGUAGAUUCUCAUAAUUAAUCAUAACUAAUGGCUCUGAUGUUGAUGAUGAUGAUGGAAUGUUUUUGUUGGAAUAAAAAAGGCUCUGAUUUAA